AUAUUGGAUGUAAUAUGUCUGAAGGAUUUGUACAUUCUAUUAAAGUUCCGCGAAUUUAUAAAUUAGCAUCGAAAAUUGUACGAGAUGUUCAAGAAAAUGGUGCUAGUUUUAAAUCAUUAAUUUUUUCUGAAAAGCAUCCUAAUGUAUCUGGAUUGUAUGCUUUAACAUCAAAUACCCUACAAAAAAGUGAUCAAUUAAAUCAGCUUAUUAUUGCAACGAAAAUACUUAUAAAUGAACCACGUUUUGAUCCUUGGUUAGCAAGAGUUUUAAUAACAGAACUUAUUUGGGGAAAGAAACGGUUAACGAGUAAUGCUAAACCCAUUGAAACAUUAUUAAAUUAUGAAAGUCGUUUAAGAGAUGCGUUGAAGAAUAUUAAUGAUUCUGACGUAGCUAUACCUCAAAAAACAGUGUCAAAACCAAGAUAUGUGCGUGUAAAUACUUUAUUAUUAUCAGUUCAAGAAGCUAUAGAAAAUUUUGAAUACGAAGGAUGGUCUUUAUUGCUCGAUUAUACGGAUUAUUCAUCUUAUUUGAAAUUAAUAUCCAAUUUGUCAGAACCGUAUUUUACUAAAGAUUAUCACGUACCUGAAUUACUUGUUUUUCCAUAUGGUACAUCAUUUUUUAAUCAUCCGAGUUAUACAAAUGGAAAAGUGUUAUUGCAAGAUAAGGCGAGUUGUCUCCCAUCGUUUAUUCUUAAUCCACCAAUUGGAUCUGUUGUUUUGGAUAUGUGUGCAUCUCCAGGAAUGAAAACCUCGCAUUUAGCUGCGAUAUUACAAAAUCAAGGAACUAUUUAUGCGGUUGAAAUUGAAAACAGAAGAUAUCAAACACUAUCCGAAUUAUUAAAAACAACUAAUUCUAACUGUGUUCGUACUAUAAAUAAAGAUGCUUUGUGCCUUGAUCCAAGUCAAUGCCCAGACGUCGAAUAUAUUUUAGUUGAUCCUAGUUGUUCUGGUUCAGGUAUUAUCGAUAGACCAAAAAUGGGUAAAAAGGAUGUUAAAGAUGAAAGACGUUUAAAAAGUUUACAAUCAUUCCAAGUAUUUCUUUUACGACAUGCUCUAUUAAACUUUCCAACCGUAAAAAAAGUUGUUUACAGUACUUGUUCGUUAAAUCGAGAAGAAAACGAAGAUGUGAUAGAUGAAAUUUUAACUAACAUUGGAGAUGCAUAUAAACUUGUAUCUAUUAAAAAAUAUCUUAAAAAAGAUUGGUUAAAUUACAGUUCGAAGGAUAGUAAUUGCAAAAACAAAUGCAUUUAUGCUAAACCUGAAGUAGAUUUAUGUAAUGGUUUCUUUGUUGCUCUGUUUAAAAGAAAUUUUGACGUUCCUUUACCAUUAUAUACUCCUCGAAUGCAUGACACGAGUAUAGGAACAGAAAAUACAAAUUUCAAUGAAAAUAAAGAAAUUAAUAAUCAGGAGAAUAAUGAAAAUCAGAAUAACAAUUCAUCGUCUAAUUGCAAGAAAAAAAAGAAACGUAAGAAAAGAAAGCGCGCAGAUGAUACUGAGAAAAAACGAGAGGAAGGAAAUGUUAAUCCCGAAGAAAUUAAUGACAAAGAAGAAGAUUAUGUAAUUAUUUCUGAGGAGUCGUCAAAAAGAAAACAUGAAAGUGCUUCUAAAAGUACUACAAAGAAAUUAAAAACAUAAAUAAUAUACCAAAUGUUAUAUAGAAACUAUUAUAACAUUAAAAAAUAAAGAUAUAACUCAUUC